AUGCCGGUUACUGAACGUCAGCUGAGGACCAUUCAGCAGAUGGAUGCAAAGUUGCUGGACUCCAGUGACUUGCUAGCUGUCAAUGAAAAAGAAGACAAUAGGUCAGAAUUUGCACAGAGAGCUGUGGUCAAUGGAGCUAAACCAGUUGGGGGCCAGUCACCAGUUGCUGGCUCAGUACUGGACCCACUCCUGUUUAACAUCUUUGUCAAUGAUCUGGAUGGGGGGAUAGAGUGCAACCUCAAUUCCAGCCUAUGGAGAAGGAAUAGGAGAAAUAUGGCUUUGAAGGGUGAGGACCACCUGGAUUCCCUUCCUUUACCUGUUCAGCGCAUGCAUUUAAUUCAGAUGGACUCUGUUCAGCGUUGGAUGGAAGAUUUGAAGCUGAUGACAGACUGUGAAUGCAUGUGUAUUCUCCAGUCCAAGCCAAUCAGCAUUGAGAAGGAUGAAGAAAAUGAGCUUCAUCUAACCUCACAAUAUAGCACAUGUGAUAACUUGCAGCUGCUAUUAAAAAGAGCUUGGAUAAUAAGCACAGAGCUGACCAGGAUUGCCCAAAAGCUGGAGAAGAACAGAUGGCAGAGAGUCCACAGCAUGACAGUGAGAGUCAACUGCCAUGUGCGUUCAAUGAUAAAUGAAUACAGUUCACUGACCAGGAAUUCUUCAGAAGAAAUGCACCAGUAUGAAAAGCUUUUAAUAGACAAGUGUUCUGAAUUUACAGCUUUCACAGAAAGGUGCAUACAAACUGAAGAUGAACAUAUACUGAAGUCCAUGAAGUCUUGUAUUAAUGAAACACUCACGACCAUUGCUCAGUAUUUUGGCCAGUUGAUAGAGCUGGUUUUAACACAUGAGGCACAGAACCUGCUGAGACAAAUAGAAUUGUCAGAUAGUGUGUACAUCACUGAGCCAGCAAUUAGCAGUUUAUUCAGCCUUACCCAGGAAGGUGCUCAUCUGUGCCGGAUCAUAGCUAAGGAAGGAGGUGUAGUUGCUCUUUUUAAGAUAUGUCGCCAGGAUUGUUUCAGGUGCCUUUAUCCCCAGACCUUGAGAACUUUGGCAUCCAUUUGCUGUGUAGAGGAAGGGAUGCAUCAGCUGGAGAAGGUUGAUGGGAUACUGUGCCUGGCUGACAUUCUUACUGAUAACACUCAUUCUGAAGCUACUCAUGCAGAAGCAGCAGCUGUAAUUGCCCAGAUCACAUCUCCACAUCUCACGUUCACUCAGCACCUCAGCAGCUUUCUGGAAAAUAUGGAAGAAAUCGUGACAGCACUUGUCAAACUGUGCCAAGAUGCCUCAUCUGGUGAAGUUUUCCUGCUGGCUUCAGCAGCUCUUGCCAAUAUUACUUUCUUUGAUACCAUGGCUUGUGAAAUACUGCUCCAGUUAAAUGCAACAAAGAUUCUUUUAUCAGCAUGUUCUGACAGACACGUAGUGGACACUCCAUAUUCCCGAGACCAGGUAGUCACAAUAUUGGCAAACAUGUCUGUCUUGGACCAGUCUGCCUCAGAAAUCAUUCGAGGAAAUGGUGUUCAACUUCUAUUGGAAAUGCUCUUUGAAAGAUCAUCCUCAGGCAAUUCAGCAGAAGUUGCUGCUUGUGAGCGAGUCCAACAGAAAUCUGCAGUUACACUGGCACGACUCAGCCGAGAUCCUGAAGUGGCAGAUGAAGCCAUAAAACUCAGCUGUAUUCCUCGGCUAAUUAAACUUUGCAGAUCACCAACUGAAAGAAAUAACAGUGAUUCUGUUUUAGUGGCAUGUCUGGCAGCCUUACGGAGAUUGGCAGUUAUGAGUCCUGAUGCACUUGAAGAAUCAGAUUUUCAGCAGCUUGUAAAGCCCAGGCUUGUGGAUUCCUUUCUGCUAUGCACAAAUAUGGAAGAGAGCUUUGUAUAA